UGCGCAGUGACUUUGUUGACAGUGGAUGCAAGAUUUGAACUGCCACUAAGAUGGGAAAGAAAAGGAAUGAUUUAACAAACAUAAAUCCUGCUCUUGUCCCAUCAGCGGCUUUCACUGUUGUCCCAAGAACACCAGCUCCGGAGCAUGUACACACCACAGUACUUGGCGGUUCAGCAGAGGUCCUCAAUUCAUCGCUGCUGGGAAGACCAGCAGUACCACCCCCGGCACAUGAUGAUGAGCCAUUCAGUGACCCAGAAAGUAGUCUCUAUGACUACCAGGUUAUGGAGGAUGCAGGGUAUUCCUCAGUGGAGAUGUUGGCAGUUUCAAGACAGAGGCGGAGCAUAGGAGAUCGGGAACCGGCCGGAAUACCACCAGGACGGGAACAUGACAUAGACGAACACCAACAAGCCCAUUUAGCCCAGGCCCUGGAUUCACCCACUAUACACCAGAACCCAGAGGCUCUGUAUUCUAUGCCACUGAAGCGGGGUCAGAGAGCGUCCUCAUCAAACACGAUGCAAACUACGCAGGAUGUGCGAGAGGCCAUGCAGCAGGUUCAUGAUCUGUCUUCAGAUGAAGAUGCAGGAGCAUCAAACAUGAGAAGACCAUAUCGACAAAGGAAAAGGUCGUCCAGAAAGCCAGAGAAGCAGCACAGUGCAAGAAGUUUACAUUUCCCUGUGGAACAUGAAACUCCAAUAAAAGAAAAUAUAGUGCACGCUUCUGUCAGCACACCAGUUCAGACACCAAAAACACCAAAAAUCCAUGCACAUAUGGUGGAAGAUAGAAUGGUUCAGGAAACUAUAGAACCAGUCAGGGCAGGUAGCCAUAGGAAUCUCCAUAGUAGUCCAGACCCACUAAGUGCACGAUCAAGACCACAGUCUGCACGCAGUGUUAGUAUGGCAGAGGAUCGUGUUCGAAAACUGGAGGCUGAAAGGGAGCACCUGUCAACACUGACACAUCAGCUGGAGAAUGAGGUACAGACUUACCGAGAAGUUGUGUCCACAUACGAAAGUGGAGACAGUGAAACGGCACAGUCACUGCUAACAAAGAAACAGAUAAAUGACUUGAAGUUAGAGAAUGAGUCAUUGAAGAGCUCCAUCCAGCGACUCCAUGUUGAACUCAGUGCCUACCAGGCUAAAUAUAGACCUGUCAAUGAUGAACAGGGCAACAUGAUGGGAUUGCCGUCUAAGGGACCUCCACCUUCUUGGCUGAGUGUGGACAAGGACCCACACCGGGAUCACCCUAUUAUAAGUGAAUUUAAUAUACGCUACCUCAAUCCACUAUUUCUGGCAUAUGAUGACAGGAUAAAAGAAAGAGAAGAUGUCAUAAGGAAGUGUCAGUCAGAGUUAGAGUCAUUACGUGCUAGAACAGAAACCAUAGUAAAAGAGAAUGAGAGAUUACAUGCAAGGCUUGAACAAGGAGGGACUGGUCCCAUAGACCAUUUAGAAUGGGAACAGAUGAGAGAAAAUGCUAGAUUAGUGUUAGAAGAGAACCAGAAUUUAUUGGAACAGAUCAGUGUAAAGGACCAAAAGACACAUGAUCUUCAUCAGGCCCAUCUAAGAGAAGUUUCAAAGUUAUCUAAACAAUUGGUGCUAGUCAAAGCUCAGAAGUCAGACAUGGAGACAGAAGUUGAAGAAUUGCGGCAAUCUCAUCGGGACCUUAAACAAAAAUAUGAUAAAAUGGUGCUAGAUAGCCAAGGACUUGUCACACAAGAACAACAUAUCAAAGAAAUAACAGAUUUAAAACAGAAAAUGUCCGACUUGGAGGAGCAGCAGAGACAGGAAGUAGAUACUUUAAACAAUAAGUUACACGCCUCUCAGGUGGAGAGAAAAACUCUUGGUGCUCAGGUCAUAGAAUUAACAUCAGAAAGCAGACGGCAUCAGAUGGAGGCAAAACUUAUGCAUAAAUCUGUCAGAAAAGCGCAGCAACGAAUGUUAUUCCUACAGCGAGCAAUAGAACAGUCCGAGAAUAAAGAAAUGUCUGUACAAGAAUACAUGUCAUCACUUAUUAAAGUUGCUGAGAAAAGUGCAUUUGAAAGAGAUACAUAUGAAAAAGUUGCCAAAGAACAUGAAAUAGAAUCUAAGAAAGCAAUGAAAAAGUUGUUACAUGGCAAUAUAACUGUUGGUAAAAUGGAGGAAAAAUUGAAGUUAUACAAAAUGAAGGCUGCAGCUAGAAUAAGUACAGUAGCAGAAAGGUUGAAAGAGCAAGAGGAGAUGUUUAACUCACAGAAGAAAGAGUAUGAAAGGGAGAUAAAUCAUCUUAGAAUGUUGAUUAAAGAAAAGGAAGAGUUUAUCCAAGAAGUUGCGAUUGAAAAAAGAGACCUUGAGGAUCAGAUGGAAGCUGUUUGGCAAUCUGCCAAUUCUGAAAAUGUUAGAAUUAAAGACGAACUCAAAAAGAAUGUAACCCAGUUAAGAAAGCAUACAGGACUGUCAGAAGCAUUAGAUGCCCAGGAUAGAUUAGAAACUGUUGAUGUAUUGUCUGAUGAUGAAUGCAUAAAAAGAGAUAUUUCGUGAACACAUUUUCUCAGUCACUAAUAGAAUAUUUAUAAAAGAAUAUUUAUUAUAUAUUUUAUGGUGCUUUUUGAUCUGUUUUGGAAUGGUGUAUACAAAGUAAGCAGGAUUUCAAAAUAUGAGAUGGAUUGCUCUCCUUUUGUUUUCAUAUUUCGUUAUCUAAAGGGAGCUAACUAUGAAGUAGUAGUUAAUUUAGCCCUUACCCUGCUAAAUUUCUAUAAUGAACUUGUCCAUCUUUCAAUUUGUACAGUACCAUUAACUGUUGAAAGGGGAACAUACUAAAAAGUUACUGACUGAAUGGCGAACAGUGCAGAUCUUGAUCAGAGUGCACAGAUGUGCAGGCUGAUCAUGAUCUGCACUGGUCGCAAAGGCAGAAUCAAUUGUGUCCAGCAAGACAUAUUGUAACCUAUAACUGCUAAUUUCUUGCAGAAAUUAAAUGAGUCUAGAAACUCCUGCACACUUCUUAUUUCUGGUAAAAACUGAUAAAGUUACAUUGGGAAUUUUGUCUUUAAUAGUGUCUAGGUUUUACAAGUUGUCUUGCAAGUUUUUUCCUUGAGUUGAGGUUGCUCUUGUUGAAGGCACUGUUAUUACAGGAGAUGUAAAGAUGUCAUCUUUUUAGGUUUGACAUUGGGGGGAGUUUUUUUCAGACCAGUAUAAAGAAAAUGUUGCUCAUUCAAGUUUUGCGGUAUGUAGUGUAUGUGCCAUAUGUCCAUCAAAACAGAAUACUGCCUUCCAUCUUAAAAAUGGAAUAGGCUCAUCUAUACAUACACAUCAGAUUGAAUACAUUAAGUUCUUUUUGGUUUUCAUGUUCCAUCUUGAACCAUUUUACAAAACAUUGUUUAAAGAGAUCUCUUCACAUAUAAGUUAAAGACCAAUAAUUGAAACUGGAAAUAAAACAAGGUGAAGUUAUGAAAUGCUUUGAACUGAAAAGUAUUUCUGUAAAUAAAAUAACUUUGUAUGCUACUUCCUAUUGAAAAAUACCUUUAUUUUUAGCAGUUAUAAUUCCACAUUGUUUAUUCUUUUAAUUAAAAAUUAGAAGAUUUCUUUUCCCUGUAUAUCUUGGGGACAUAAUCAUAAUGACAUCUCUGUAGUUCUCUUGGUACUUAAAGCUUGCUUAGUUACAUAGCUUCUUCUAUAUGCAUCUCUGAGAUUUCUGUGUAGUAAUUUGUACAUUUUCCAGUUUUUAGAUUUAAAAAGAUGUUUAGAAAAAUUGUAUGUAGGUGACUUCAUAGUUUGUAGUUAUGAAGAGAAUUUAGAGGUAUUAGAUCAAUUUAGCUACAGUUACUUUCCAAAGUCAAGUUCACACAACAAUUUUUCUGAUAGACUUGCAUGUGUUUCCAAUAAUUCUGUAAACACUACUGAAAAUUCUGUAUCUGACAUGCAUUCAUAAGUUUUACACAUUAUGAGGAUACUAGUAAUAUAUUAAAGAAAUAAUAUAUCUCAUUUUGUGAUUUGUCGCUGAAUAAAAUCAUUGUUCAGAUGCAAAAGAAUCAUAUCCAGAGAGCGAAGCCCGAGUGAUAUAAUAAUAUGCAUCUGAACAACAAACAGUUAUUUUAUUCAAGAGAAAUCACUAAAUAAGAUAUAUUAUUUCGAUUAUAAUGUGUUACCAAGGAUUUUAAAGUACAUCCUUGACAACAUCCUUUAGAUAUUUGCCUGUUUUCUGCUGGUUUCUUUUCAAGUGGGCCACUAUGCCAUUUGAUGCAAUGACGUGAUAAUUGUUAUGUCAGAAAAAUGAAUUGUUGUAUAAUUACACACAAUUUUCAGCCUUCUUUGUUUAAUAGGAAAAUGAAUACGGUUGUUAGAAUUUCCUACAAAUCUAUAUAUUUUAGUUUCAAUAUUUGCUCAGAAUAAAAGGCACAGUAGUAAUUGUAUUUUUGUAAAGAAGAAACAAAUUCUGAAAUAUAUGAUAUUCCAUUUAUGUCAGUUGCAAAGUGAAGGGAAAAAAGAUGAAAUAGAUUUAUUAAGUUUGUAAACUUAUAGUGCUUUAUUGCAUAGUUGUAUAUAUUUCAAGCUUAUAUUAGUUUGUAGCUCUAUGUACUAGUAAUAAACAGUAUAUAAUUCCUGAAGUAGACUUUACAAUGGUUUUAGUGAUGACGGCUUUGUAAAAUUUGAAAAUGCAUACAAGUCUAUGGGAAAAAACUGUUGUUAACUUUGAUUUGGUCCUUUUUAUAGAUUUUGCAAUUGCCAUUGAUACUGAGUGUAUAUUUAUGACAGCUAUAUACAUUCUACAGUCAAAUACAUGUAUAUAAAUGUAGUGACACAAACACAUGUUUAUGAACAUUCUAUAUAAGAAUUAUUAGAUAUUUAUAUACAUAUUUCAGUAAAAAUGUUAUUGUUGGCAUAGCGACAAGUAUUUAUAUGACAUAUACAAAGAAAAGAUGCUAAUUUGUAGUUAGAUGCUAGUUAGAACAAAAUCUGUUCAAAGUAUUGAGUUGAAAAAAGCAUUAAAGUGCAUUUAAGAAUAAUUUAUUAUCCCCCGCCGAUGAAAUCGGGAGGGGGGUAUUGAAAUGGCGUUGUCCGUCCGUCAGUCCGUCCGUCAGUCCGUCCGUCCGUCCGUCCGUCCGCAGCCAUUUCUCAGUAACUACUUGGUAGAAUUUCAUGAAACUUGAAAUAAACAUGAACCAACAUACUGCGAUGAUGCCCGUCAAGUUUUUUUUUUGAUUGGUCAAUUUCCCUCAGAGUUAUUGCCCUUGAUUUAAUAAAAAAUGUCCGUCUGCAGCCAUUUCUCAGUAACUAACAAGUAGAAUUUCAUCAAAUUUGAAAUAGACAUGAACCAAGAUACUGUGCUGAUGCCCGUCAAGUUUUUUUUUUGAUAGGUCAAUUUCCCUCGGAGUUAUUGCCCUUGAUUUAAUGAAAAAUGUCCGUCUGCAGCCAUUUCUCAGUAACUAGCAGGUAGAAUUUCAUCAAACUUGAAAUAGACAUGAACCAAGAUACUGCGAUGAUGCCCUUCAAGUUUUUUUUCGAUUGGUCAAUUUUCCAUAUGGUUAUUGCCCUUUAAUUGUUUAAAAAUCCACAGAUAUGUACAUAACAAAGCAACCAAUUGGAAGAAUUUCAUUAAACUUCUUUCAUUUUUUUCCAUGAACGUUUAUUAUAAACAUGUGAUGUUAUGUACCUACACCUGGUCACCAUCUUACCUUGAUCACCCCUCGCCCCCCCCCCCCCCCCCCCCCCCCAAUUUUUUUUUUUUUUUUUUUUUUUUUUUCAGUUUUCGUUUUCUAUCAAUAUUUAUAAUCAACAUGUAAACUGUUGUAUCCUCACCCCACCCCCCACCCAAACAAACCAUUCAUUUUCUUUUAAUUUGAUUUUGACUAAUGAAAUUAUUUGCUUCUUGGUAACAUUCUUAACUUUUUGCUGGAUAUAUUUUUUUGCUGUUCCUCAACUCUGACCCUUUCGGCGGGGGAUUCCAAUUCAUCGAAUUUGCUUGUUAUUAUUUAUUUUUCUAAAAUGAAACCCUGCAUUGAUGCUGGUUUUGUAGGGCAUUGAUGCUGGUAUUGUAGGACAUAUAAUGACUGUUAGUGAAAUCUUUGUUCACAGUAUCCUCCGAAAUAGUUAAGCCAUCAACUUGCAAUCAUGCAAUUAUUUUCACCUCAGCAGUGCUUAAAUAUACAACUUUUGAUCAUUUGAAACAUUGCCAGUGUUAGCAGCACUUAUUAUCUUACUUGAUGUAAGUUUUAUUUUAUGUGCUUUCUUGAUUUAUUCGGGGUAUGUACGAUUUAUCGCAAACAUUUUAGGGCAUUUAAGAAUUGUCAGAUUACAAUAUUGUAAGUAAACACUGCCAUAUCUAUUCAAUGCAUGAAUUGAAAUAUUGUGCCUAAUUUUGAAAAAAAAUUAUCGCAUGCUUUCAUUUUAAGAAUCUACAUCAGGCAAUUUGCAUUUUCAGUUGCCUGAUUUGGUUAAAUUAUAAAAUGAAUUGUAAUUUUAAGUUUUUAUUUAAUAUUUGCAUCCACUGUAUUUUGCUUUGUGGGUAUUUUUCACCAAGCAACCACAAAAGGGUAUAAGUUUCAUGGUAAUUUUUCUGUUAUUUUUAUCCAACUUCCCAGCUUCAUUAUGUUGAUGAAAAUAGCUGUCAUUGUAUUAUAUACUGGGAUGCAGUCAGUAAAUUUCCAGGCUUAUUCAAAGUGGGAAACUGUUAGUUUGAUGUUAGCUAGCAAAGUAAAUGUUGUGGAAAGGCUAGUAAAACAAAUCUCUUGAAAUAUGUCUAUUCAUGUUUUUUUCACAAGCUUGCUUAACGGCGCUAAUUGUUCUGUUGCUUUUGUAAAUAUGUUACUAAACAUUUAUCUAAAUUUCUAUUUUUUUGUUCUGUUGCUGUUGAUGAUACCGUGCAAUCAUUUUGACGUACAUUCAGCAAAUUUCUAACCUGCCAUGGAGGUUUUGAAAAUGUUAAGUUUUCCGUUAAGAAGUUUGCUACAUUGGUUGACUACUUUUCUCCAUUUUUAGCUCGACUU